GGGGCCCCCACGCCGUGCGAGGGGCACAGCGAGGUGUCCCACGCGGGCCGGUGGCGGGUGCUGUGCGACGAGCGGGCUCAGCGCGCCCAGCGGGCCCGGCAGCUCUGCCGGGAGCUGCGCUGCGGGAACCUCUCCUCCAGCUCCAGCGUCCAGGAUCCUCCCGCCUCGGGUGUCACCUGUGGGAACCCCAUCCUGCACCUUUGCUCCGGCACCCUCAGGGAGGCCCAGAGCUGCUCCAGGACCAGGGUGGUGUGCCAGGACUCAAAGCCACAGCCCCCCGGCGUGGCAGCUGGCACCAUCGUGAGCAUCAUCCUGGCCUUGCUGCUCCUGGGUGUCCUCCUGCUCAUCUGCUUCUCCAGAAAGAAGCAGCGCCAGUGGAUCGGCCCCACGGGACUCAACCAGACGGUCUCCUUCCGCCGCAACAGCACGGUCACCGCCAGGCCGCGGGCGCAGCGGGGGGACAACGACUACACUCACCCCCCCCAGAUGAGCUCCCAUUCCUCAGCUUACCCAGGCCAUUAG